AUUUAAGCAUGACAGGCCCAACUUGGAGAUUGGCUAUGGAAGUGCAUAACCUACUACAAGCCACCAUCUUCCACCCCUUGUCUCUUUUCUUCCCCUUUCUCCUCCUCUUUCUCUUCAAAUGGCUAUUCUUCUCCACUCAAGCACCCAAAAAGAACCUCCCACCAUCACCGUCAAAGCUUCCAAUUAUAGGAAACCUCCAUCAGCUCGGCUCACACCCCCACCGCACUCUUGAAGCCAUGGCUCAUCAUCAUGGUCCACUCAUGCUACUCCACCUUGGCAAAUCGCCCACUCUUGUGGUAUCAUCUAUUGAUGCAGCCCGCGAGAUCACAAAAGCCUAUGACACCAUCUUCGCAAACCGGCCCUAUUCAAGCAUUAUGAGCAGGCUUUUUUACAACAACAAGGACGUCCUCAAUGCAUCGUAUGGACCACAUUGGCGCCAGAUGAGGGGCAUCUACAUGACACAGCUUCUUAGCUCAGCUCGAGUUCGCUCCUUUCGAACCAUUAGAGAAGAAGAGACAACUAUAAUGAUGAAAAAAAUUGAAGAAUAUUCUCACAUUGCAUUUGAGGGUAAAGGGCUCAAGCCUUCAUGCUCCCCGACAAAGACCCAGUAUAAUCGUACAUGUAGUUUGGUUAAUUUAAGUCAUCUUUUUGCUUCGCUAACAAGUGCAGUAAUUUGUAGGGUGGCUUUUGGGAGGAAGUAUAGGAAAGGGACAGAUGGGGGGAGAUUUAGGGAGCUACUAGGGGAGAUGGGGGCCCUGGUGGGUGCUUUUAAUGUGGGGGAUUACAUUCCGUGGCUUGGGUGGAUGAAUUAUUUGAAUGGUUUAAAUAAGAGAGUGGAGAAGUUAUUUGAAGAGAUUGAUGUUUUUCUUAAUAACAUAGUCGAGGAACAUAUGGCUAGUGGAAGUAAAGAGAAAAUGGACUUCGUGGAUAUUUUGCUAGACAUUCAAAAGAGUAGCACGGAUGGCGCACAUUUCAUGGAUCGAGAUAAUUUAAAAGCAAUGAUCCUCGACAUAUUUGCUGCUGGUACCGACACUACUUCCAUAGCUUUGGAAUGGACCAUGAGUGAGCUAGUGAGGCAUCCACAAGUCAUGAAGGAAGUGCAGAAAGAAAUCAGAGCCAUUGUUGGAAGUAAGCCAAGCGUAACUGAGGAUGACACUGCAGAAAUGCACUACUUGAGAGCAGUAAUCAAGGAGAAUCUGAGGCUACAUCCUCCAGCACCACUACUUGUUCCGCGAGAAUCCACUAAAGACGUCAAAGUAAAUGGAUAUGACAUUUUGGCCAACACAACAGUUUUUUUCAAUGCCUGGGCAAUUGGGAGGGAUCCCAAAUCAUGGGAAGAAGCUGACAAAUUUAUGCCUGAGAGGUUCUUGAAUAGUUCUGUAGACAUCCAAGGACAUGACUUUCAUAUGAUUCCAUUUGGAUUUGGAAGAAGAGGGUGCCCAGGGGGAACAUUUGCCAUUGCCAUUAUGGAGCUUGUGUUGGCCAAUCUUCUGCACUUGUUUGAUUGGGAACUGCCUGGAAAAUUAAGCGAGGAUUUGGAUGUAACUGAAGCUCCUGGAUUGACCACUCAACGAAAAUUUCCUCUUAUUGUCUCUGCCAAGCCUCACUAUUUGUAAAGUAUAAACCAUGUACAAAGCGCACUAUUUAUAAGGUAUACUUGUUGAAAGUGCCAUCCAUCUAGGGAUUGCUCUCUAUAAUUUUUAAUUUCUAUUUUCUAUUUUUGUUGUAACUCACUAAAGAAACAAGUGGUUGAAAAUAAAUAAUAGAGCUCGUACAGAUGUGUUUCCACUCAA